GAAAAUUUCAAUACCGCGGUCAGAAGCUUCCAGUGAACUGCAAACGUUUACUUUCUACCUAUCAAAUGUGGGCAGAGAUAACCCCCAGGGCAGCUUCGACUGCAUCCAGCAGUACAUCACAAGGACCAGAUGUCUGUGCUAAAAGAGGAGGAAAUCAAAAAAACAAAAUGGGAAACGGGACUCUUGUGCUUCUUGACUGUUAAGUUUUAGACCCCAUUCUUUGAAAAUAUUUUGAACCAAUGGUUCAAUUGGAGUUCAUCCUCAUUUCUGAUUGAAUCCUAAUCAUCCUUGAAAUCCAAUAUAAAACCCAUAUGACAGCACUGAGCUUCCACUGGCUACACCAGCGCCAUCUCCUUUUCUGCCAAAUCCUCAUCAAAGUGGAGGCAAAUCAAAGAGAGCCGGAGAAUCAGGAAAGCAUGGGAUUUGAUGCGGAAUGAAGGGAGCAUUCAGCUGGAUUGUCUGGGUGGGAUCCAGGACAAGAUUACAGUUUGUGCCACAGAUGACUCCUACCAGAAGGCCAGGGAAAGCAUGGCCCAAGUUGAAGAGGAGACUCGCAGUAGGAGUGCCAUCGUCAUCAAGCCUGGGGGAAGAUACGUAGGUAAGAAGGUUCAGAUCCGUAAACCUGCACCUGGCCUGUCAGACAUCGCCCCGUCAAGGAGGACAUCUCGGCCCGUCAUCAUCUCCAGCAGCACGUUGAAGAAAGGCACAGCUCAGCACAGGCCACUCAGAGAGCGCCUGCUACACCUGUUGGCCCUCAAGCCUUAUAAGAAAGCUGAGCUGAUCCUGAGGCUGCAGAAAGACGGCCUUUUACCAUUAGACAAGGACUCCCUGGAUAGCCACCUGCAACAGGUGGCGAAUCUGAAUGGGAAAGACAACACUUUCACAUUGAAGGACUUUUUGUACAAGGAGAUUCAGAAGGACUGGCCAGGCUACACAGAAGGAGACCAGCAGCUGCUCAAGAGAAUCCUAUUUCGGAAACAGAGCCAGGCCCAGAAAAGCUCUGCAUCUCCGUUGGAGAGCCCGCCCAAAGAGCUGGCCGGCAGCUCUCCAACUCAGAAACGGCCUGCUGCAGACUUCAUUGACCCUCUUGCAAACAAAAAGCCCAGGAUAUCACACCUCGCCAGCAAGGCUGCAACAGCCCCAGUUAAUGGCAAGCUCAGCACCUCCAACGGCAGAGGAGAGUCAGUUGGAGCUCAAGCUGGAGUGGUGGUUUCUAUGUCCGACGGGGGCAUGAUGUCCAGCUCCCAGCAACUGCCUUUGCUGGACAUCCCUCGUCCUUUCGAGGCAUUGUCAGAUGUCAGUAAUGACUCCAGCCACAACGGGAGAGACUGUGACUCUCAGGAAACAGCCGUGUCAGAGAGGCUCAGCCAACCUCCUUCUCUGUUGUUGGGCCCAACGACACUAACAGCACCCAGCAUUAGCACGCCAUCUCCCAGACACACAGGCCUGGAUGCCCCUACAGACAAGACUUCUUCAUCCAUCAACAACAAAUCAAGAAAGAAGUCGAAAAAACAUAAAGACAAGGAGAAGAGUAAAGACAGGGAGCGGGUGAAAGAGAGGGGGCAAGAGAAGGAGAAGAAGAGUCGUGAGGAGCGUGUGCCUGAGCCGAACAGAGCCUGUGAGCUGAGCCAAGGAAACCUCAACAGCAGCAGUAUUCCACACAAAAGCACAGAUCUGAAUGGAAUGUGCAACAAUACCAGUAUUUCUCUGUCAACACCCGAGGUGGCAGACUAUUUAUCGAAGUACACAGUGAUCGGCUCUCCGGAGCAGCGUCAGAAGUAUAAAAACGAUUUCAACACCGAGUACAGCGAGUACAGGGACCUGCAUGCUCGGAUAGAAGGCAUCACCCGGCAGUUUACUGUUCUCGACAAUGAGCUCAAACAGCUUCAGCAGGGCACAGACAAGUACCAGACAAUCCACAAUCAGAUACUUGAAGAGUAUCGUAAAAUCAAAAAGACUAAUCCAAACUAUAGUCAAGAGAAGAACCGCUGUGAAUAUUUACACAACAAACUGGCACAUAUAAAGAGACUUAUUGCCGCGUAUGAUCUACAGUAACUUUAGAGGUAGUUAUUAGACAUUGUUUCCCUGUUAUCUCUGGAAACCAGACAGAUAACGGAAAACUGUGGAUUCCACUUGUGCUAAAAUGAAAUUGUUCUCAAGAAAGAUGCCAUGAAGGGAGUUUCCUUCAUUGGGGCCAAAGGCUCUAGUGAGGACUGAGCAGGACAAAAUGUGUUUCUUCUUUCCUUUUUUUUUUUUUUUUUUUCCUUUUUUUUUUUUUUUCCUUUUGAAAGGUGGGCCAGGUCCAUCAGUGUAGUUACAAAUGCAUUGAUGAAAAAAAUAAGUUGUUUGGCUUUGUUUUUCCUGACAGCCCAACCUGCUAAUGUUGGUUAGAGGUCGGUUAGUUUCACACAUAGAAGUUUUCCCACUUUCUUGGGAGAUGAGCUUUUAGUUAUUAGUUCAAAAUUCAACCAAUUUGUUUUGAGUAAAGAAAAAAUAAGUGAAGUUCCCCACUACUGAAUCCAGUGAUUUGGACGUUGAAUUUCUCUUUAUUUAUUUUUGACACUUAACAGUGGGGUACUGGAUCUGUUUUACACUCCUCAAUAUCAGUACUUAAAAACUCUUAUUUUCUGUCCUCGCCUCUUGAAUGUCAGUCAGUAUUUUAUUCAGAAGCUGCCUUGCCCAUCUAACUGUCCAUCUGUUGGCGUUGAUUAUUUUUCUCUUUUAAAGAGAUGCAGUUAUUACUAUUGAUCAAAUCAAAAACGAUGCCUCUAAAUGCACACAGCCAGACGCAGGUUUUUGUGCCUGGCUUUUCUUUUCUAAAGUCAUGUUGAGAUGUCUUAACUGAGCGGACAUGUGAGAAAGUCUCCAGUCGCCCUUGAGCUGUUGAUUUACUUUGAACACUGUCCCCUCACUUAGUCGUGGCCUGCUGCAGUGCUCUUCAAUGGUUACCGCAGUGGUCCUCUGUUAUGGUUCAUUAAAUUGUAUGAGCGAAGAGCUAGAUUUUGCUCUUAAUUGGUUGUCUUUGAAGUCUAGGUCAUGAUGGCUUUUGUAGCAAUAGAAUUGUUCAAAAUUAUCUUCAUGCUUCAGAAGAUCCUUGAAUUGUAAGAUGAUGCAGACAGGGAACGCCAAUCUGCAGGCAUUUUUUCUUCUUAAAAAUGUUCAAAAAUGAGGUUGAGCUAAUGGUCUGUUAUCUCUUAAGCUACCAUCAUUGUAAACUUUAAGAGUCGUGUUAAAAUUGUGUUUACAGUGUCUUUAAAAAGACCAAAUGUUUUGUCUGCUCAUCGGCCCACAUGCUGGUCUAUCGAGACGACUGUUAAGAUGAAGCCAUCCUUGAUCAUCUUCCAGGACGAGCCUCUCAGAGAAGGAGGGCUCGCCUGAGACCAGUUUUUGCCUUUUCAAAUGUGAUGUCAGAUAUUCAUUCAAUCUAUUUCCUCGGUCAGCUCUCCUCUCUUAGAGGCGUCAAGACUACAAAUUAGAAAUGCUGUUUCAGAGCUUGUACCUGACGAACGAGUGAGUCGAGUUUUCGUCAGCGAAUGCAUUUCUUAUAUCGACCUUUUUAUGUGACUAUGAAAAAUCAGCACUUUUUCUCCUGAUCUUGCUGUUACCUGGGGAUUUUGUCCAGUGACCUUUCUCUUUGUCCAUCAGAGUGCAUGCUUUAUGAAUGUGUUACAAUGAACAGUCUUUGUAUCUUUACUUGAGAAAAGAAACUUCCCAAGGAUCUCAAAAUUCAAGGAAGCGCCUAGUUCACCUGAAUCAGUAUGUAAUCAGUCCGCCAUGGGACUGACCAGCAUGUAUACCAAAGUGCUUACCGGGUGGGAUGAAUCCAAACGCUCUACCAAAUGAUGGCAAAGGAACCUGUCACAGUAUUCUCUACUUUCUGUUAUAUGUUUUCUCAUUAUUUAUCAUCCAGUUCAAACUCUGUGUUUUCUUGUAUAAAGGAUCAGGCCGGUCAUUUUCCCAAGAUUGGAUUUAUAGAACUUUGCACAAUGUGUUUGCCAGGUUUCAGAUUAUAUCACUCUCCCAAUAAAAACACUACAUCUGAGCUUGUAGUCCAAGACCCGUCACAGUGAUGCAGCUGGGUCUAGACUGAUGCUGGACCUGGGAUUUGAAGAAGUCUGGGCGAGUAGCGUUAAGGGGAAAGUCUUCAUACAGAAUCAACACUAGCCAUGGCCUGGUCCUGUUUAACAAAAACAAGAAAAAACAGUUUUCACUGCUCUUAAUGUUUCUUGUUUUCUACACAUAUUCUUGACAUGGUUACUGUAUUACAUCUCUAUUACAGUCAAAAUCCAUUGUGAAUGAGUUCAUCAGGUAGUGUUCGAAAGUAACGACAUGCCAGCACAGGAGUUUUGUUGUUUUGAGUUGAAAGUGCCAAAAUGACCUGUUGUAAAGGUUUUUUUUUCCUUUUCUGACUAUAUACAGCUGCUGUAAAAGCAAAGAGGGCUUUGGACAAGUGUCGUGAAAUGUUGGCGCUAAAAACCCAAAGCACGCUUUUUGAAAACCAUAAGGGACUGGGACUGAAAUUGAUCUUUGUUUCAAUAAAAUUCUUAAAAUCCUUAUUUGUGAAAUUCUGAA